UACAGUGUGUUUGAAUUUCAGAAACACCCACCACUUCUCCGUCUCAUCCACGUGGCACCACCGACGCAUCCUUUUUCUACCAUCCUUCAAAAUUUUCAAUUCCUUCUCCCUUCUUUCCGUCCACACACCGUCCAUUUUUCCAUAAUAAUGAUCUGUCCAGACCGGUCCAACAAUUCCGGUUCAAAUUGGCUCGACCGUCUCCGGUUCAAUAAAGGCAUCCCAACCGGCGACGACCUAGACCUCGACUCCUUCCUCCUCAAACUCACUUCCCAUUCUCCUCAACCCCGCCCUAUUCGCCACCGUCCAACCAUAACCGAUGACCCACCGUUAACCACCGUCCUCGCUCAACUCUUCAAUCCUAGCGCCGCCGUCACUCUAACCACAAAAAAACGCCCCAGGAAACAAACAAACCCUAAAAUCUUCCUCGCCUCUUCCACCACCAUCACCGGCGGCGUUGCGCCGGUGGAGGUAGAAAAUCGAGGCGAGGAAGGUGAAGACGGUGAGGAAGAUUUGAAGGGUUUCACGAAAAGUGAGGUUACGGUUAUUGACACGAGUUGUUCAGUUUGGAAGGUUGAUAAAUUCGUUUUCAGAAAGAAUAGUGUUUGGAAAGUUAGAGAGAGGAAACAAAAGAACAAGUUUUUCGCUAAGAAGAAGAGUAAAAUGACUCAUGAGCUUGAUAUUCAUGGAAUUGGCUCCUCCAAGGAUAAUGUAGUCAACAUAGAAGGAGAGAAGCCUGUAAAGAAACCAAAGGUGAUCUAAUACCUCAUCCCCAAAAGAGGGGUUACUUACAUCAAGAAAGGAAAACACAUCUGUCAUUUUAAUAAAAGCAGCUGCUUAGUAAAAUACCAUACGGACAAGAACAAAGUCUAACAAAAGUCAAGAGAACAAGACAAUGAUUCAAGUCUUCACAGGUCAUUUUACCUGAAAAUUUAAGUUGGUUGCAGUAAGCGGUGACGCAGGCUUCACAUCGGUACUAUAUUAUGGUGGCACUUCUGAAGCUUUGUUUAGAGUUAUAAACAUGCAAUUGCAGUGUCAUAAAACUAGCCUUUGUAUAUGUCUCUUCCAUUUUUCAUAACUUGAAACAUUAUUUCCUCAAUAUAUUUGCAGUUGUUGUUUUUAUGUUGUCAUUUGUUACUAGGGGAGAGAGCAUUCAGUAUCUUGCAGUUAGAAACCUUAUGGUUUGGGCAGAGAGAAAUAGGUUUCAUUCUGUAAUACAUCAUUUUUUUAAUCAAUAAAGCAGUAACUUUAUCUUUCUAAA